AUGAGGGGCGCACUCGUCUUUGGCGGGUCUUCGCACCCAAAGCUCGUCGAGGGUAUCUGCGACCGCCUGGGCAUGAAGCCUGGCUCUGCAACCCUGGGCAAAUUCAAGAACGGAGAGACUUCCGUUACCAUUCACACGUCAAUCCGGAACAAGGAUGUCUUCAUCGUCCAGAGUGGAAGCGAGAAAAUCAACGACUCGAUUAUGGAGCUGCUGAUCAUGAUCUCUGCCUGCAAAGGCGGCUCAGCCAAGUCGGUGACAGCCGUCAUGCCCUACUUCCCAUACUCGCGCCAGUCCAAGAAGAAGCAGCACCGCGGGGCCAUCACAGCCCGCAUGGUCGCGAACCUUCUUCAUAUCGCCGGUGUCAAUCACGUCAUGACCAUCGACCUCCACGCCUCCCAGAUGCAGGGCUUCUUCAAAUGCCCUGUCGAUAAUCUCGUCGCAGAGCCCCUCCUCGCCCGCUGGAUACGCGUCAAUGUGCCCAACUGGAGGGAAGCCGUGGUCGUCAGCAAGAACCCCGGUGGCACCAAGCGCGUUACGUCGCUGGCGGAUGCUUUGAAGCUCAGCUUCGGCAUUGUUACAACCGACAGGCGGAGGGCAGGCACGGCGGUACACUGGAACGAGAGCGCCAUGUUCGAGCAGCUCAGGCUUGAUGGCUCAUACGAAACACCAGACCUGGUUGAAGCUGCCCUAGAUGCCGACGCGGACAUCACGCCUAUCAGCAAGAUGACCAUAGAACCAAAGGCAGAACCAAGCAAAUCGAGUCUCAAGCGCAUACCAUCAAAUCCCCUACAAAGGCGAGCCAACGGGUGGUCAGAACCACCCACCAGCCAUCCACUGUCCAAGUCAAUGCGCGCAGGCUCCAUCGUGGAGCCUGAGGUACCACUGGAACCUAUUCGGACUGACGUAGAGAAUAACAAGGAAGAGCCCGAAGAGCAGAGUGCGGAUGAGAGCGGCGCCGAGGAGUACACUGAUGAGCGCGCAAGAAACGUCAUUCAUGGGAGACUCGUACAAGGUCAUAUUGUCGACGAUACACAUCCCUCCCCAUCAAUGUCCGCAACGUCACACAGUACUUGGCGCAACCGCCCUCCGUCUGAGAGCGACAAUGACGAUAUACCUCCGCACAUGAUGUCUUCUUUCAUGUCGACUACCUCUUCCACGCGCAACAGAGAUACCGAGCACUCGCAUGCCCUUGGUGGCACAUACGAUGCCGCUGCAUCAUCUGAAGACGAAGAAGAGGACCUCAAGAACCCCGAGCUCGAGACCAUGGUUACCCUUGUUGGCAACGUCAAGGACCGUCCUGUUUUCAUCGUUGACGACAUGAUGGACAAAUCUGCGUCAUGGAUUGCAGCCGCUGAGACUGUGGUCAAGCGUGGCGGUGCGACAAAGGUGUACUGCUUCGCGACCCACGGUAUCUUUGGUGGUGAUUGUCUAGAGGAGUUGAACAACUGCGAUGUCAUCGACAAGAUCAUCAUCACGAACGCGUUUCCGAUCCCCGAACACAAGCUUGCACAGGCGAGCCCCGAUAAACUGGUAGUCAUUAACAUUGACAACCUUCUGGCAGAGGCGAUUCGUAGAAACCACCACGGAGAGAGCAUGAGCCAGCUUUUUCUUCACUAUGAUUAG